UUUGCGGACAAUUUAUCACUGUAGGUACGCAGUACGCACAUACUUACAGAUAUUUCCCAAUUGAUAUGUUCAGUUUAAAGUUUACCAAGCGGAUGUGAUUUUCGAAUAACUUGCUCGUAUACGGUGUAUAAUAAUAAUGAUGUUAGCACACUACUUUGCUUGGAUUUCGAAGUUCCGUGUGCAUAAAGAAAUCCAUGGAUGGCAUUUCAUUUGAGAGGAGAUCGUAAUUGGUGAAUUUUUCUUGGCAGAGCACAACGUAACCAAAAUGACAGACACGAAGGGCUCUAUUUGGAAGACACUGACGCUGAGAAGGCACAUUGUAGCCUUAUUGGCUUUUUUUGGAUUUUUCAACGUGUACACUCUUCGAGUGAAUCUAAGUGUUGCUAUCGUAGCCAUGACACAAAAUUAUACAGUGAUUGCGGAUGAUGGGAGCACUCAAUACGUGCAAGAUUUCUCCUGGGAUUACAAACAACGAGGCACUAUCCUCAGCUCAUUCUUUUACGGAUACAUUUUAACGCAAAUGGCAGGUGGUUGGCUGGGUGCAAAAAUCGGCGGAGCUAAAGUAUUCGGUGCAGGAAUACUCGUAACUGCCGUACUCAAUCUUGUAACUCCUUUCUUGGCUAGUUUUGGUAUCGGUGUCUUUAUAGCUGUUCGAAUCAUUGAAGGGUUCUUCGAAGGUGUUACGUACCCUUGUAUUCACGCUGUCUGGUCGAGAUGGGCUCCACCUCAAGAACGUACUCGUCUAGCAUCCUUCGGGUUCUCGGGAAGUUAUGUCGGUACAAUGAUUGCAUUUCCGGCAUGUGGUUACUUUGCUGAAAAAUUAGGAUGGUCUUCAAUUUUCUACAUAACUGGAAUCGUAGCAAUAAUAUGGUGCCUGACGUGGUUCAUCUGCGUCAAAGAAAGCCCUCAAUUUGAUCCAUGGAUUACAGAAAACGAACUGAAAUUCUUACAAAACGCCUUAGGAGAUGUUAAAAAUCAACAGGUUACACAUCCGUGGAAAGAAUUCUUCAAAUCAAUGCCAGUAUGGGCCAUCGUAGUUGCUCAUUUCUGCGAAAACUGGGGCUUUUUCACGUUGCUCACGCUGUUACCCACGUUUAUGAAUGAUACGCUGCAUUUCAAUAUAAAAUCUGCUGGAUUUUUAUCUGCUGUGCCAUAUUUAGUUAUGUCGAUUGCAUUACAAAUUGCUGGUAUACUUGUUGACAAACUGAUUAGACAGAAUUAUUUUACCACUACUCAGGUAAGAAAGAUAUUUAAUUGCGGAGCAUUUUUAAGUCAAACAGUUUUCAUGAUUUCGGCUGCGUUUGCUGAAACUGCAUUUUUAACAAUAUUAUUUAUAACGCUGGCUGCUGGACUUGGAUCAUUUUCAUGGGCAGCAUUCAGUGUCAACCAUUUAGACAUCGCUCCUCAACAUGCCAGCGUUCUAAUGGGCAUUUCAAAUACAUUCGCAACUUUUUCUGGUAUAAUUGCUCCAUCAGUAGCUGGUUGCAUUGUUCAGAAUAAAAGUAAAGCUGAAUGGAGAAUAGUAUUCUGCAUCUCCGGUCUACUUUAUCUUUUUGGUGCCAUAUUCUAUGGGAUAUUUGCCUCCAGCGAAGUGCAACCUUGGGCUGUUGAAAAUAAAAUUGAAAAGGAUCAAAAUAAUGAAAAUAAUAAAAAGAAGGAAAACAGUGUACGAGAAUCGUUAGACUAUUAAAACAUGUUAUUUAAUAAUUAUAAAAUUAAUUUUGUAAAAUUUUUGCGAUUAAAAAAAUAAAAAAAUAAAUAGAGUAUAUUUACCUAUUUACAACGGUGCAA